CUCUUUCUCUAUCUCUCCCUCCCACAAUUCCUCCUCCACUCACACGGACACGCUGCCUCCCUCCACCUCUCCCGUUCGUCCGUUCGUCCGUUCCCUCCCUCUCUGUCUCUCUCCCUCUCUGUCUCUCUCUCCCUCUCUCUCUCCCUCUCUCUGUGCCCAAGGGAAGGAAUUAUCUCUCAAAGUUUGUGAGUGUGUGAAGUACGUGUGAAAAUCGAAAAAUAAGAAAAGAAAAAGAAAAAAUGUAGGAAAAGGAAAAUAUCGAACUGAGAUAAGAAAAUAAAAAAAGAAUGGAUGAAAAAGAGAGACAGAUAAGGAAAGAUAAAGGAGCGAGAGAAGAAAUCAACUAAAAUCAAAAACAACAACAAGAAUAGAACUACUACUACAACUACUACUACUACUACUACUACUACUACUACUACUACUACUACUACUACUACUACUACUACUACUACUACUUUUUCGUCGAUAAAGAAGCCUCCCCGCCGGCGCCAUGGUGUGUGGGUCGCCGCCGGGCCGCCUGAGGUCUCUGCUGGUGACUCGGAGGGGCGGCUUUCUGGAGGACCCCUUCUUCCGGGACGCCUGGGGCAACUACAACAGCGCCGUCAGGAGGAUUGUGGACAGGUUCAACCACGGUAGUGUGUUCGCGCCCCGGGACAGGCUGCGUGACGACCACUACCACUCCAUGUACCGAACGCUGAGGAACGCUAGACUCAACUACUCCGCCCACGCCGCGCGCUUCAAGGACGAGGGCGAUGUGUACAAGCUGGUGAUGGACGUUCGUGAGUUCGUGGGAGGCGACAUCACCGUAAGAACCGCCGGAGGAACGCUAUCGGUAAGAGGGAGACUCGAGAUAGAGGACGAGGAGCCAGGGGGAGCAGAAGGAGGAGGAGGGAGAAGAGGAGGAGGAGGAGGAGAUGAAGAUGCAGCCUCCAUCUCCUCCCGCUCGUCCUCCCGCACCCUGCAUCGUCGGUUUAAUCUCCCGCCGGAUGCUGACGGGGAGAAGGUGUCAUCUGUGCUGUCCCGUGAUGCUGUGCUGACUGUCACUGUGCCGAAGAGGACUGACGUUCGUGUGAUUCCAGUUCGCGUGGAAGGACAGAUGGAGGAAGAGGGAAGUGGAGGAGGAGGAGGAGGAGGAGGAAGGAUAGGCACCAAACGACCCUCCCUGUCCCAACCUGACCCCGGCCCCUCCCCCAGCAAGAGAUCCCAAGAUGACCCAUUCGCGAGAGACCGCAACGGCGUCAACCAGGGCAGACAAGAGACCCGCGGGGCUCCUAUGGUCAACGGGGCGGGUCACUCUUGGGGGCUUGACCGCGGGAGAGACCGGGACCAGCCCUCCAACAGACGAAGUGGGCUUUUGAACGACUCCGAUACCGCUGGAGGAAGCCGAAGGAGGAGGAACCUGGAGGAGGAGGAGGAGCAGCAUAGGUCACGCCGUAGGACAUCGAAGUACGAGGAGGCGAAGGAAAUCAACAUCCCUAUUGUACUGGAAGACCCGGAGGACGGCAGCGCGGGGGAGGAGGUGCAGGAGGUGUCGAGGCCAGCGUUUUUGAGGCCUCGUGACGUCAGCGAAGGCGUGGGCAGCGGCAACGGCGCGGGGCGUGGGGGUGGACUGACGAGCGGGCUGACUUCCUCCAACAGGCCACAUAGCACGGACCUCGGCGCCCUCUACCGCCGCCCCGCGCAGCCCGACAAGCCCGCUGCCAGUGUGAACGGCGCCGUGGACGUAUCGGUGAACGGAAAGGAGAACGUGAAGCCCUUGGAGGACAAGGAAUGGACGUACUCCGGCCUCUACAAGCGCGACGCGACGGAGGGCGGCAAGGAAGCGAAGACGCGACUCGGCGACGCUUCCAAACUCACUGGCAAAGAAAACGAGGCACCGAGGAGGACUAACUUAACCAAACCCUCGGAGCGCCCCAAGUCCGGCCCUGAGGUACGCCUGGACCCUCCCACACGCCCACAGACCUCCGCUACUGAAGGGGGAGCUCUUAACGACACGCAUGCACCCCCCUGGAAGCCCCGCCGCCCCCCCGCCUCUGCCAACACCCCCACGGCCGCCACCUCGCCCACCACCCCUGAAUCCUUUCAUAACAAACCUGACUCGGGCUUGUACAGACCUAAGCUUCCUUUCCUCAACCCAGUGCGCGUGGAGGUAACGGGGGCGGAGGAGGAGGAAGGGGAGGAAGCGAAGAAACAGAGCAACCUCAACGAAGAAGAGAGGAAGACGGUGAAGAAGGAGGAGACGGAGGAGAAUAAGAUGAAGAUGAAGACCAACAACAAGAGCAGCGGUGGGAGUUACGACAGAAGUAGCCUCAAACUGGACAACUUCCUGCCAGUCCCGAAGAAGGAGGAGAGUCGCUGCAAAUCUCCGUUGGGCGGCCGCGAGGUGAAGGUGGAGAAGAAGCAGUCAGACAUGGAGGGCGACAUGUUCAAGGACUGUUGGCAGAACUUCAGUAGCACCCUUCAGGAGGUUCUUUCGCGGCUCCAGGAACUGUCUGCGGAACUGGGACAAGGAAAGGGAGGACGCAGCGCUAGCAACCCUUCCACUGCUAGCUCCUCCGCCGCCACCACCUGCCCCCCCACGCCUGUAGACGCCCCCACCCCCCCAAUCAAGGUGCCCCCGCCUGUCCGCCCCACCGCGGGGGGCAGCACGCCUCGCCCCGGGCCGCCCCCUGAAGGGCGCGUGCCCCCCGCGGCCCCCACGCCCUUGUGUGAGCGGCGUGGGCGGGGCGUGGAGAGCCUGCAGCUGGACGGCCUCGCGCGGCACCCCGCCACCACCUUCACCACCCGGGGGCCUGGUGGCUGCGGCAGCGGCAGUGGCAGCAGCAGCAGUGGCAGCGGUGUUAGUGGCAGUGGUAGUGGCAGCAGUGGUGUGAAUGGCAGUGGUAGUGGCAGCAGUGGUGUGAAUGGCAGUGGUAGUGGCAGCAGUGGUGUGAAUGGCAGUGGUAGUCGGGAAGUGAGUGGCAGCGAGACCAGUGUCAGCGAGGAGGCUGAGUGCAGCAGCAGCAGCAGCGAGGCCGAGCACCCCCACCACCGCACCGCCGCCCGCCCCUCCACCACCACCAGCCAUGGCGCGCCCCACCACCGCCAGCAGCAGCAACGGGGCAGCGGGGUGCCAACAGACCCUGACCUCGCGGGGCGCGGACGCCCCCAGUGCCCCGCUCCGGCCACGCCCACCUAUGACCCCGAGGUGGACAGGAUCAUCAGCAGGGCGGAGCGGGCACUGGCGGAGAGCAGGAGGCUGUCUGCCCCGUCCCCGCCCCCCGCCCCCUUCCCUGCCCCAGCACCAACCCCACCCGUGAACGACCUGGGGCACGAGCGUCGGCCCCGCCCCACCGGGCAGGCCCCACGGGGCGGCCCCUCCCCGCCAUAUACCCUCGCCCCGAACAUUGCAACGCGGGCAUCACCAGACACCAACUGUGUGGAGGAGGAGGAGGAAGAAGAAGAAGAAGAGGAGGAGGAGGAGGAGGAGGAGGAGGAGGAAGAGGAGGUGGAGGAGGAGGAAGAAGAGGAAGAGGAAGAGGAGGAAGAGGAGGAGGAAGAAGAGGAAGAAGAGGAGGAAGUAAAGCAGAGAGUGGAGCAGAAGCAAGAGCAAAAGAAGGAUGAAAAAGAGAAGGCCAAGGUGGUAGAGAAAGUAGAAUCAGAAGAGGAAGGUGAAGAGGAAGAAGAAGACGAGGAGGAGGAGGAGGAGGAGGAGGAGGAAGAGGAGGAGGAGGAGGAGGAAGAAGAGGAGGAGGAGGAAUGUGAGGAGGCGGCAGGCGGCGGGGUGGUGGAGGGCCGCCUCACCAUUCACCUCCCCGCCUCGUCCCGCCCCCACGCACCCCGCCACUCGCCCCCGUCAGCACCCACGCCCGCCGCCGCCACGGCCGCCGCCGCCGCCCCGUCCACCGCCCGCCGCGCCUCUCUCCUCGCCGAGACCGCGGCCCUGAGUGGUGACGUCACGGGCAGGGCAGCGGCAGCCCGGGGUCCAGAAAUACCGGGUCGGGGGGCGGCCGCGGGGGCGGGGGAGGAGGGGUGGCCACGCCGCCCUGCACACCGCGGCCCAACGGAGCCAGCGCCGCGCCGCCCCGCCAGCAUCGAGAGGAUGGGCGGACUGUUCUCGCGCGUCUACGCCCCUGCCACGCCGCCCACGUCGCAGCCGCCGCCCACGCCGCCCUGGGCCAGGAACCGUGAGCCGCCGCCCGAGCCGCCGCCGCCGCCGUACGUGCGGCAGAGCAGCGAGUCGGCGCGGCGGACCAGCGGCUUCAGCGGCGUGCAGUGUGACAGUGUGAGGCGCAUGCGUGAGGCGUGGCGCGCCCGCGGGGAGCCCGCGACCCCCACGGGGUCCGCUGCUCCCCGAGGGCCCGGCAGGCCCCGCGUGCCGCCCAGCCCCCCGCCUUCCCCUGGGGCACGCCGCUCCUCGCUGACCCGCGACUCCCCGCGCGCCAGCACCUACGCCUCGCCCACCCUCAGCAGCGUCGCGCGGUCAGCCUCCCCGCGCCGCGGCAGCACGGACGGCGCGGCGCCCCCCGGCUCCCCCCGUGCUCACGCACCCUCGCCUGCCAGGGCGCCCUCGCCUGCCUUCGCCCGGGCAUCCUCGCCUGCCUUCGCCAAGGCGCCCUCACCUGCCUUCGCCCGGGCAUCCUCACCUGCAUUCGCUCGCUCAAGCUCCCCCGCCCGUGCCCGCGCGGCCUCCCCUGCACACGUCUACCAAAACUCCAAUGUGCACACCCGCACGCCCUCGCCCAUGCGCACCCGGGCGUCGCCAGGCACCACGCCCGCCCGCACGGCCUCGCCCUCACACGCCAGACAAAACUCCAACAGCUACGCCCGCACCGCCUCGCCCGCCCGCGACGCCGCCAGGCCCCGCCGACCCUCCACGGACAGCGGCAGCUCCCGGAGUCGAGGGGGCGCGGGCGGGCGCACGUCGCCGCCACCGUCCUCGAGGAACGCCACCCGACGCAGCCCCCCGCCCCCCCCACGCACUACCACCCGCCGCAGCCCACCACCCUCCCCCAGGGGUGCGACUCGACGCAGCCCCCCACCGUCCACUCGAGGCACUUCCCGCCGCAGCCCGCCUCGCCGCAGCCCACCACCCUCUCCCAGGGGCGCCACUCGACGCAGCCCCCCGCCCUCUCCAAGGGGAGCCAACCGACGGAGUCCUCCUCGCCGCAGCCCGCCGCCCUCUCCCAGGGGCGCCACCCGCCGCAGCCCGCCCCCCGGAGCCUCGCCGUUCCACCAGAAGGUGUUCCGCCGCCUGAGGGACGCCAGCCUGAGGCCAGACAGCGAGACGCUCUGCUUCACCGAGGAGGCCGAGCGUUACACGCUGGUAAUGGACGUGGAGGAGUACGUAACAGGCGAGAUCGAAGUGCUGCAGGACGAUAAGAGAUUGACGGUCAAGGGGCGGGUGGAAGGCAGCGACAAGCAGGGCCACAACUGUCGGAGCUUCGAGAGACACUUCCACAUCCCGCGCAACUCCCGCGAAGAAGACAUCGACUCGGCGCUGUCCAAGGAGGGGAUUCUGACGGUGUUUGUGCCGAAGAAGAGGGAACGAGUUAUCAAGAUAGAGUUGACGGACUAGCAGCCAGGACGAGGAAAAAGGAAGUAAACAAAGAAAGAAGAAGCGAGAAGAGAGAAACGAAGGGAAAACAAAAACAAACAAGCAGAGACGAAGAAGAGAAAAAGAGAACAAGAAAGAAAACGAUGAAUGGAAGAAGAUCAACAAGGAAAGAAGAAAGCAAACAAGGAAACGAUACAUAAAAAUAAA